UGCCGUAAAUCAUGUGGCACUGUUGAGCAAUACUUAAUAUUUUGUUGUUCUUAAAAGAGAAACUGUCACAUCAGGCGUUCACCAACUGAGUCCAAACAGUGCCUGACUUUCGAUUUCACAUUACUUUCGAUUUUUGAUGUGAUUUGUACCGACAUACACGUUUCAAUUUUUCGGAAAAUCCGCGUAGUGAUCGUGUUUUCCUGUGUGACACAAGGAACUACACUAACCGCAUUCUGUUGUAGAAGAACAGGGUUUGUCCACUGCUCCUGUUUCUGCCACCCCCCGCUCCCACAAAACGAUGCUGGUCACCGUUUUCUGCGCGCCGAGGGAUCGCCCAGAAACCACGUUUGCCCUCGACGUGUCCCCGGAGCUGGAGCUGAGGGACUUUGUAGCACUUUGUGAACUGGAGUCAGGAAUCCCAGCUGGGGAAAUCCAGAUCACGUAUGUAGAGCAGCCCCUAAAAGACCCCACCCGUGCCUUGGGGACUUACGGUGUCAAGGAUGGAGAUGUGGUUGUUCUUCGACAAGCUGACAGAAGGCCUCCACAAACUCAACCAGCCUUUCCAGGCCUGCCCCGUAUCGACUUCAGAUCCAUCACAGUCCCUGGCACCUCAUCUUCACCCAAUCAACCUCCUGCCCCGCAGCCGCGGCAACAAGUUCCGCAGCAGCCACCGCCGCCGCAGCCGCGCCCCACACAGCCUUCUUCGCCGAUGGCCUUUGGCGGCUCUUCGCCACAGGGCCUGGACAACCCCGCCUUACUACAACAGAUGCUAUUAUCCAAUCCACAUGAGCUUUCCCUUCUCAAGGAGAGAAACCCUCCACUUGCUGAGGCCCUGCUGAGUGGAGAUUUAGAGCGUUUCACCAAAGUGCUGCUGGAGCAACAACAGGAUCGAGCCAGAAGAGAGCAAGAGCGAAUCAGACUUCUGACCGCUGAUCCGUUUGAUUUGGAAGCUCAGGCAAAGAUUGAGGAGGACAUCAGGCAGCACAACGUGGAGGAGAAUAUGACAAUUGCAAUGGAGGAGGCCCCAGAAAGCUUUGGACAGGUGGUUAUGCUGUACAUUAACUGCAAAGUCAAUGGCCAUCCUGUGAAAGCUUUUGUUGACUCAGGAGCGCAGAUGACCAUCAUGAGCCAGGCGUGUGCAGAGCGCUGCAACAUCAUGCGACUGGUGGACCGGCGUUGGGCGGGGAUCGCCAAAGGAGUGGGCACUCAGAAGAUCAUCGGCAGAGUUCAUUUGGCUCAGGUCCAAAUAGAAGGAGACUUCCUUCCUUGUUCUUUCUCCAUAUUGGAGGACCAGCCGAUGGACAUGCUGCUAGGCCUGGACAUGCUGAAGAGACAUCAGUGUUCAAUUGACCUGAAGAAGAACCUGCUCAUUAUCGGCACCACGGGCACCGAAACGCGCUUCCUGUCUGAGGCGGAACUGCCGGAGUGCGCCCGGCUCGCGUACGGACCAGAAGGACGUGAAGAUGCGCGUCCAGAGGAGAUCGCUGACAGAGAACUGGCAGAGGCGCUUCAGAGAUCUAUACAAGAGAGUGACACUGCAGAUGGACAAACUACCUCACUGCAGCCCUCGCCAUUUAUAUUACCAAGACCCUUAGACCGAAUGGCCAUACCCUCCUCUUCCUCUCAAAGCCCUUCUAGUUGUCAAUCACAGAAUCCGACCUUGGAUCGCUCCCAGUCUGCGCCGGCCGCCGUGCAGCAGGCCCCACAGCUUCCUGAACCUUUGACCCCAGAAAAUGAUGCUUCUCCACCUCAUAGCGACCAUUUCCACCAUCUGCCUCACCAAAGCGAAUCCAACAUGUCCCCCACUCCCAGUCCAACAUCGGAUAUAUUCGCCAGUGAGUCCCAGGACCCCAGUGGGGUGGCGCCAGCUGACGGUGUUGAAUCUGACCAGGUGGAGAGCUCUUCACAUGAGGAGUGUUUGCCUGAACAGCCCAUGGACCAGGAGGUGAACGAAAGCGAAGCGGCGGAGACCGCAGUGGCCGACUCCGUUGAAAUGGCGUGUCCCGCCAACUCCGCUGAGAGGGAGCAGCCUGACGGUGACCGCUGCUCCAGCUCCGACAGCAUCCCGUCCCUGGCGGCAGCACUGAAGGAGCUCCACGAGCUGCUGGUGCAAUCGCAGAACCGCAGCAUGUCCUGCUCCCCUUCCCACCCGCAUGGGCAGGACUCGGACAAAGCUUCCCCCGAGCCAAGCACACCGACGCCAGAAAACACCCAGUCUGCUCCUUCUACUGCCAACGCAGCUGCUGCAGAAACAAGUGAUGCCAAAGCUAACUGUGCUGCUGACGAGAAACCAUCGGAGAGUCCUGUCCCUGACCUCCAAGGUCAGGCUGAGCGUCUGCAUGAAAACGCAGCAGAAAUAGGGGAAGGGCUCGAACCGCCACGGUGCCCCGACAGCUCAGAGGAUAGAGAAGAGACCUGCAUUAGCGACAGUUCUCAGCCUGAGCCGGAGGUUUCUCCCGGUUCUGCAGCGGUGCCCGAGUUCAGGGAACCACCGGAGGGGCAGCACGGACGAGGAGUCGCAGACGGACAAGCUGCCAACACCCCGGAUUCCCUUCAGAUGGAGCGAGCUUUCCUCAGCCCUGCAUCAGCGGCUGUUAGCCCGCCACAGGAAGUUACAAGCACCUCGUCCUCGUCUGCUACUCUUCUCACUCAGACCCCUCCACCUUCGUCGUCCCCGGCCCCCGUCCCACCCUCUCCACGUCCCUUUAUGGAACAGUUCCCAGCCGAGCACAUCCAGAGGAUCCAGGCAGCGGGUUUUUCUGCCAGGGAGGCGGUGGAGGCACUCGAGCAAGCCCACGGCGUAGUAGAGAUCGCUCUACUGGCUCUUCUGGCUCGCAGCAUCACUGUGCCCACCUAAACUCAUGAGCAAUCACACAAGAGUCCCCGGCCUCCCGACUCAGCAUCUGUCUUCUUUAUACCUUGUUGCAGAUCCAGAUGUCUCAGUCUCCUAUUUGAAAGGGAGCUUGGAAAAGCCACAGGGAACAAAAAACACAAAAUCUUAUCUAGUAUUUUUUGGUCUACUUUGUAACUCAAAUAUCCUUAAAUAUGCUUGAAAUAAGACAGAUUUAACUUACAAGUAACUUUUUAACAAGAUGUAGGAGCUUGUUUUAUGAUGUAAAUAAUUCCUCAAGUGCUAGUUCUACUUAUAAAGUGAAAAAUCUCUUGUUAUAAUUCAAUCUGCCACUGAAACCAGUACUUUUUCAUCAAUAUUAAGGAAUUAUUUACUGAAAACAAGCUCUUACAUUUUGCUGAAAAGUUUGUUUUAUCUUAUUUCAAAUGUAAUAAAAAAACUGGACCAAAAAUACUUGGUAGGAUUUUGUGUUUUUGCAGUGAAUCCUGUCUCUUGGUUUGUCAUAAAGAAAGUCUAAGAGGAAACAAGAGAACUGGUCAUUUGUUUGUGGCUAUUACAGAUAUGUGAGGAGUGUUUGCAUGCAGAUGUUUUGGGUAGCCCAUCAAUCAAAUUGGUUUUUUAAGCAAUUUGGUAUCAUUUGAUUUUUUUUUUUUUUUUGCCUUGUUUUGUUUUCCGACAUUGAUUUGUCAAUACAUUCAAAUAGUACAAUUAAUUCUCAAACCCUUAAAUAGUCAAAGUUUCUCUUUCUGAAAAAUCUGUUAAUCAUGAAUACAGUCUGUGCUCCUUUGCGGUUUGUCUUGUUUGUAGCCCAAAUGAUGACAGAACUGCCUAUUGGGAACGUAAGCAGCUCACAUUCAAAGUGAAAAAUAAUUGGAAAUCUUUCAAUUAACAGUAAACAUCACUAAAAUACCAAUUGUAUUUAAAUGCGAGAGUAGAUGGCAUUUCUGGUUCAGCAUGUCUCUUACAGAAGGUAUCUUGUACUGUUUGUAUGACUCUGCAAUCCGAAAGCUUUCCAACAUGUAGAUUACAGAACCUGUUUUAAGCUCUUGUUCUGAAACUUUCUAUGUGUCAAAUCCUCGUAGUGUGUUUAUACUUGAAAUUAUCCCUUUUCUUUCUCAUUUUGAGUCUGGCCAUCUUGUCAGUGCAUCAUAUAUCAAGGAGUUUCAUGGCUUUAUUUGAGUCAUACCUACAAUAUUCAGGCAGAUUUCAUUAUUUACUUUUAUCUUGUAAGAAAUUUUAAAUUGCAAAUAAAAUGAAACUAAUAUUUGUA